AACACGGCGUGCGAGCGCGCGCAUUGCACGUGCAUGGCGACUGCACGACUGACUGGAUGCCUCGCGCCCUCGGGGAAUGGCUUCGUCCGAGGAAGACAGCACUACCGUGGCCGCGCCUGAAGAUGAAUGCCUCAGUGUCCGAAAAUGGUGGUGCUUUCUCCUAUCGUCGAUUUUCACAUUCCUCGCGGGGUUUAUGGUGGUGCUGGCAUGGCGCGCGUGCACGUUCGUGUGCUGCCGCAAGGAGCCCGAGCUGGCUCCCAACGAUCCCAAACAGAAGGAGCAAAAGGCAGCGCGGCAGAACAAACAGGAGUUCGAGGGCACCUUCAUGACCGAGGCCAAGGACUGGGCCGGCGAACUCAUCUCCGGCCAAACCACCACCGGACGGAUACUGGUAGUGUUGGUGUUCAUCCUGAGUAUAGCAUCGCUGAUCAUCUACUUCAUUGACGCGUCCAGGAAUACUGAAAAGGUGGAGAAGUGCCAGAAAUGGAGUGACAAUAUUACUCAGCAGAUCGACCUUGCCUUUAACAUAUUUUUUAUGGUCUACUUUUUUAUACGAUUUAUAGCAGCUAGUGACAAACUAUGGUUCAUGCUCGAGAUGUAUUCAUUUGUAGAUUAUUUCACGAUACCCCCAUCCUUUGUAUCAAUAUACCUGGAUAGAACGUGGAUAGGGCUAAGGUUUCUCAGAGCUCUACGCUUAAUGACCGUGCCUGAUAUUUUGCAGUAUCUCAAUAUAUUAAAAACAUCGAGCUCAAUUCGUUUGGCGCAAUUAGUUUCGAUAUUUAUAUCCGUGUGGUUGACCGCUGCCGGCAUAAUUCAUUUGUUGGAGAACUCUGGCGACCCAAUGGAAUUUGACAACGCCCAAUCACUCCCUUAUUGGACGUGUGUCUACUUCCUAAUAGUUACCAUGUCUACAGUAGGUUACGGUGAUGUGUACUGUCAUACGGUUCUCGGCAGAACUUUCUUGGUGUUUUUUCUCCUCGUCGGCUUGGCGAUAUUUGCCAGUUGUAUCCCAGAGAUAAUUGACUUAAUCGGCACUAGACCCAAGUAUGGCGGCACCCUCAAGAAUGAGCGGGGACGCAGGCAUAUAGUUGUAUGUGGACACAUAACCUACGAAUCAGUGAGCCAUUUUUUAAAAGACUUCCUACAUGAAGACCGAGAGGAUGUAGACGUGGAGGUUGUUUUUUUACACAGGAAACCGCCCGACCUGGAGCUCGAGGGCCUCUUCAAGAGACACUUUACCACUGUGGAAUUCUUUCAAGGCACCAUUAUGAAUCCAAUCGACCUACAGAGGGUAAAAGUGCACGAAGCGGACGCCUGCCUUGUGCUAGCCAAUAAAUACUGCCAAGACCCCGACGCCGAAGACGCAGCCAAUAUUAUGAGAGUCAUUUCCAUCAAGAACUACUCUGAUGAUAUCAGGGUCAUCAUACAGUUGAUGCAGUACCACAAUAAGGCCUAUCUUCUGAACAUACCUUCGUGGGAUUGGAAGCAAGGAGACGACGUGAUCUGUCUGGCUGAGCUGAAGCUGGGUUUCAUCGCACAGAGCUGCCUCGCUCCGGGCUUUUCCACCAUGAUGGCUAACCUCUUUGCCAUGAGGAGUUUCAAGACGUCCCCCGACACACAAGCUUGGCAGAACGAUUACCUGCAGGGUACUGGCUGCGAGAUGUACACCGAAACAUUGUCGACCUCCUUCACGGGAAUGACCUUCCCUCAAGCGAGCGAAUUGUGCUUCACAAAAUUAAAACUACUCCUGCUCGCGAUUGAAAUCAAAGGUGAAGAGGGUGCAGAUAGCAAGAUAUCCAUCAAUCCCCGCAGCGCCAAGAUACAUGCCAACACCCAAGGUUUUUUCAUUGCACAGUCAGCAGAUGAAGUAAAAAGAGCUUGGUACUACUGUAAGGCCUGCCACGAGGACAUCAAGGACGAAACUCUUAUCAAGAAAUGCAAAUGCAAAAACUUGACCGCGCAGCGGAAGGUUGGAGCCGACCUAGAUGUCGGAAUGAUGAUGAUGCAGACCGGGAUGGUGAAACAAAAUCUUAAUACAUAUCGAGGUUUUCUCGACGAUGACCACCAUCCUCCCCCCACCUUCACGCCGCCAGAGUUGCCCAAGAAGGUCCAUGUUCGAGGUGAGAUUGCUAGAGAAAGAGGAGAGGAUAUCAGCUUAAUAAACCGGAACCAUCGAAAUGCGGCACCAGCGUCGUUACUGUCCCCAAUGGCCAAUCAGCUCAUGAACACAACUACCACGAGACAAGUCAAUAAAGUCAAACCAAAUGUGAACAGAGCACCACCGGACACGAAUCCUCAGGAUCAAGAUACGAAUUACCAGGCCUACCAUCUUGCCUACGAAGUGAAAAAACUCAUGCCCACAAGCAGAAGUAGUGGGGGUAACCAAAACAGCAAUGGCGUCAGUUUGCCAGCGGGCCUGGCAGACGACCAGUCGAAGGACUUCGACUUUGAAAAGACUGAAAUGAAAUACGACUCCACUGGCAUGUUCCAUUGGAGCCCAGCGAGGAAUCUGGAGGACUGUAUAUUAGACAGAAAUCAGGCGGCUAUGACGGUGUUAAAUGGCCACGUAGUAGUAUGUUUGUUCGCGGAUCCCGAUUCGCCCCUGAUCGGGUUAAGGAACCUGGUGAUGCCACUUCGUGCGUCCAACUUCCACUAUCACGAGCUGAAACAUGUCGUCAUCGUCGGCAGUGUAGAGUAUAUCAGACGGGAGUGGAAGAUGCUUCAAAAUCUACCUAAAAUAUCUGUACUGAAUGGUUCACCGCUAAGCCGGGCCGACUUGCGUGCAGUUAACGUGAACCUCUGCGACAUGUGCUGCAUUCUCUCAGCGAAGGUGCCAUCGAACGAUGACCCUACGCUGGCCGACAAGGAAGCUAUUCUGGCUUCGUUGAACAUCAAAGCAAUGACGUUUGACGACACGAUAGGAGUGCUCAGUGCGGGCACGACCAAUGGGAGUACAGGGAAUACGCAGCCGCCACCAGGGGCACCACCUGCGCCCGUUCUACUCCAGAGAAGAGGGUCUGUGUAUGGUGCCAAUGUGCCUAUGAUCACAGAACUGGUGAACGAUAGCAAUGUGCAGUUCCUUGACCAGGACGACGACGACGAUCCGGACACCGAACUGUACCUCACGCAACCGUUUGCGUGUGGCACAGCGUUCGCAGUUAGUGUGCUCGACUCUCUUAUGUCCACUACUUAUUUCAACCAAAAUGCCUUAACGUUAAUCCGGUCGCUGAUUACGGGCGGCGCCACUCCAGAGCUGGAGUUAAUCCUUGCUGAAGGAGCUGGACUCCGAGGUGGAUACUCCACAGUUGAGAGUUUAUCGAAUAGGGAUCGGUGUAGAGUGGGUCAGAUAUCACUUUACGACGGUCCACUGGCUCAAUUCGGUGAAGCUGGCAAGUAUGGAGAUUUAUUUGUGGCGGCACUGCGGGCAUAUGGCAUGUUGUGUAUCGGCCUCUACAGAUUCCGAGACACUUCGUCUUCGUGCGACGCGAGCAGUAAACGAUAUGUCAUCACGAAUCCGCCAGAUGACUUCUGUUUGUUACCCACGGAUCAGGUGUUCGUUCUAAUGCAAUUCGACCCCGGCGUGGAGUACCGAUCCAACCGGCGUGCGGGCUCAGCGACCGGUAGCAGCGGCAAAGACGACGCCUCCUGACUAUUGCUGUGCAGCGCCCUUACGGACGGGCCCUACUCCUACAUAUAGGAGCUCUGUCCCUCACCAUCACUGCGACAAUCCUGCUCGCAUACCCAACUUACAAAACCUCAAGCCCACAAACGUUGGCUCCGUUCCUUAUUUUAUACCUAUUCUCCCUUGACUGGGCGUUUAAUUUCAUCCGCUUGGCCUGUAAUUGGCGAUUAUUUCCUUUAUUUCACCCCGAAUUGCGUUCAUUUUGUUCUGACAAUCUCCAGUUUUUUACACGAAGACACAGCACUGCACUGCAACUCACACUUGAACUUUUGCACUCUUGACUGUUAGAAGAUUUAUAGAAGAUAAAUUCGAUAAUAACGUUCUUGGUUGCUGUUGAUGUGUGUUUGUGCUGAAUGUGAAAUAACAAGAUAAAACGAAGUGAAUCCAUAAAUUGCUGCUUACUUCGGCACUGUAAUCAAUCCAAAAGAAACAUGGAUCUUAUUAUAUAUUCCACACCAAGACCAUCUAUGGAAAGGAUCGCUACAUAUUAGUUGAUUAAAACCCUAUUUGGAAAGCUAUACCGUAAAACAUUUUCCUCAAUUACUGAUCUUCCGAGCAGCAAAGUCUCUGUAUGUAGGUACUUACACCUUUUAUUUUAGGCACAUCACAAUUUGAUUUCUUUUUUUCACACCAAGAAUGAAUUUACGUUACGAUCUAGUCUCAUAAUUAUUGAAAUAUGUAAGUAAAGUAGAUAUUUCAUGUAAAUUAUUUCAAAGGAGGUAAACUGCUCAAUAAAUAUGGACCUUUUAAACUUUUAAUUGCACGAAGUAAAUAAAACAAAAGGACAUUAUAUAGUACUGCAAUCCCGUAGCGAAUACUUAUCUUCAUUUAGAACACCAAUUUCUUAACUUUUAGCUUUUUCUCUUUCAAUUUAUUCUAUUACAUUUGUAUCUAAUUCUUAUCUGAAAUUUCUUAACAUUUUAAGCAUUUAAAAUAUUCAUCGACUGAUUGACAUUUUAGUAUAAGCAUUAUGCAUCACACAUCUUCGGGUAUUUUGGGGAAUAUACUCAUGUUACAUUAUGCUUAAGUUUUUUUUUAUUUUUUAUUGAUUUGACGGGGAAUUCCAAUAUUUAGUUGAUAAGUUUUCUUCUUUAAUCUUUUUCUGUAUUUUUCUAUAUGCACGUGUCGUAGAAUGCGUACAGUUCCAUUGCUCAUACUUUUUGGUUUUUUUUUUAUUAUUUACUAGUAAUAUUCUAAGUAAUGUAUAAAUUGUGGAAGGUUGGCCUGAACAGUGUCUUCAGUCUAGUAUCGACACACAUCGAUUGGUGUAGGAUAUUUUCUGUGUAGAUUAAGAAGUCGAUUGCCAAAACCGUAAGGAAUCUGCACAAAAAAUAUCAAUAUUCGAUUUGUGUCGACCAACUUCACGAUUUUAGUACCAC